AUGUCCGUAGCCACGCUUAUUGGAAUCUCCCUCCAAGGCGCGCUUGUUGAGGGAAUCAUCCUCCAAAGCAUAUCCGUCGCCACGCUUGUUGGAAUCACCCUCCAAGGCGCGCUUGUUGAGGGAAUCAUCCUCCAAAGCAUCGUUGAUACCACGCCUAUCAAUCGAGUCGCCCUCCAAGGCAUAUGCGUUGCCACGCUUGUUGAUAGUUGCGUCACCUUCGGGUGCAUCGCCUAA